AGAGUUGAAGUUUCGUAUAAGACAUCGUGGGGAACUAUAUGUGAUGAUAAUUGGGAUCUCCGAGAUGCAAGAGUCGUUUGUAACAUACUUGGAUUUGAUGGGGCUUUAGCCGCACCUGGUAGUGCUACCUUUGGGGCUGGAGGUGGACAAAUCUUCUUUGAUGACGUUGACUGCAAAGGGACGGAGGAUACCCUUGCUGACUGCUUCCAUCGAGGACUUGGGGUAAACAAGUGCAACCAUGGCAGAGAUGCUGGUGCUGUCUGCUUUAGAGGAGGUAUGAUAAUACAAAAUACUAUUCAGAAACAUUCAGGACAUGGAUUGUUGACAAAAUGGUGACAUCCGCAAUACAUAGUUAGUAAGUCAUGUAUGUUACUCCAAAGCAAAAUAUUAAAAUCAGUGUACUUACACCGAGAAAGGGGGGCAAACUCAUGAUUCUAUGCUCUUCAGACAUUGACUAACACCUGCUAUCAAAGUCCAGAACUGAUAACAUAUACAUUUAUUUUUCUUACACUUGCAGCGCCAUUUCUAGUUCAGCUGGUAAAUGGUUCUAACGACUUUGAAGGACGAGUAGAGGUCAUGUAUGAAGGUUCCUGGGGAACCAUCUGUGAUAAUGGGUGGGAUCUGAGAGAUGCCAGAGUCGUGUGUAAAAUGCUAAAGUUUGAUGGAGCAUUAGCUGCACCAGGCUCUGCAACAUUUGGCCAAGGCUCAGGAGACAUAGUUCUUGAUGAUGUUUCCUGUGAGAGUACACAUGACAACCUGGCAGACUGUUAUCAUCGAGGAAUUGGUGUUUCAAAUUGUCAACACGAAGAAGAUUCUGGAGUUAUUUGUUUUAAAGGAGGUACAAGAGAACCAUUCACAGUUCGUCUCAGGAAUGGAUCAAACGCGUCGGAGGGGAGGGUAGAGAUUAUGUAUAACGGUUCCUGGGGAACCAUUUGUGGUAGUAGCUGGGACCUCAACGAUGCAAGAGUUGUAUGCAGAAUGCUGGGCUUUGAUGAAGCUUCAGAAGCACCCGUUUCUGGGGAGUUUGGCCGAAGUGAAGGCGACAUUUUCCUUUCUGAUGUUCAGUGUGACGGCACAGAAAGCAGUCUGGCAGAUUGCAAUCACGCAGGCAUAUGGGUCAACAAUUGCAACUACGCCAUUGAUUCGGGUGCUAUCUGUUUCUCAGGAGGUACAUCUCUCUCAACCAUGACUUAUAUAGUACGUCUAGUUGGAGGAACUAAUGAUGCUGAAGGCAGAGUGGAAAUUCUACAUGAUGGCUCCUGGGGAACUGUGUGUGAUGAUUCUUGGGAUCUCAAGGACGCGGAGGUCGUUUGCAGAAUGUUAGGAUUUGUUGGGGCUUUGGAAGCUCCGGUUGGUGCUCACUUUGGUAAAGGAUCUGGGGCCAUCUUUCUCGAUGAAGUGCAGUGCAAUGGAACUGAAAUCGAUCUUGAACAUUGUGAUCAUGACGGCAUCGGUGUCCACAACUGUGCCCACAACGAAGAUGCCAGCGUUGAAUGUAUCCAACCAGAACCAUUCACAGUUCGUCUCAGGAAUGGAUCAAAAGCGUCGGAGGGGAGGGUAGAGAUUAUGUAUGACGGAUCCUGGGGAACCAUUUGUGGCAGUAGCUGGGACCUCAACGAUGCAAGAGUUGUAUGCAGAAUGCUGGGCUUUGAUGAAGCUUUGGAAGCACCCGUUUCUGGGGAGUUUGGCCGAAGUGAAGGCGACAUUUUCCUUUCUGAUGUUCAGUGUGACGGCACAGAAAGCAGUCUGGCAGAUUGCAAUCACGCAGGCAUAUGGGUCAACAAUUGCAACUACGCCAUUGAUUCGGGUGCUAUCUGUUUCUCAGGAGUACGUCUAGUUGGAGGAACUAAUGAUGCUGAAGGCAGAGUGGAAAUUCUACAUGAUGGCUCCUGGGGAACUGUGUGUGAUGAUUCUUGGGAUCUCAAGGAUGCGGAGGUUGUUUGCAGAAUGUUAGGAUUUGUUGGGGCUUUGGAAGCUCCUCUUGAUGCUCACUUUGGAAAAGGAUCUGGGCCCAUCUUUCUCGAUGAAGUGCAGUGCAAUGGAAGUGAAAUCGAUCUUGAACAUUGUGAUCAUGACGGCAUCGGUAUCCACAACUGUGCCCACAACGAAGAUGCAAGCGUUGAAUGUAUCCAACCAGAUCCCGCAAAUAAGAUUGCACUCGUUUACGGGUUAUGUAUCACAUUUCCGAGCUUCUUCGUAGUGGUAAUUCUAACAUAUUGUAUACGGAAGGUCAGGACCAAAAGGGCACGGCGCUUUUCAGAAAAUGAAAUUUACUUGGAUCUUCAAGACAUAGGAAUAAAUAAGGAAACAAUGGCACCAUCUACUUAUCAGGGUCUGAAUGCACCACCAAACCUUCCAGAGCGACCUCUAACGACGUUUCGUCAAAGUACAACGCGAUCGUCUGGCCAGCGGUUUCAUAACCACGAUGAGCAGAUCCUGACAGAAAAAGACAGAGAGCAUGGCAGCCACGAUUAUACAGAAAUGGGAACCACUAACAAGACUGUUUCCGCGGACAAGGACGAACAUAGCUAUGCUUAUAACAUCCAUUUUAAAAAUAGCGCUAAAGAUAACGGACCACAAGACCACAUAACGUCAAUGACCAGCACAAGAAGGCAAGAAGACGCACGUGAGCGAAUAAGUCAUGGUCAGUUGAACGGUCAAAAUAAAGCACAUGGGUAUAUGGUCAUGAACACUGUGUACAAAAAGAUUGAUGUAGGAAAAGAUGAAGAUAUUGACGGAUAUCUUCUUCCAAGUAAAACUAGCGAAACGCAACAUUUCCCGAUUCGAGCUGAGCUGGCAAAAGUAACCAUGCCCGCAGAUAGCGACAAGAUAUAG